CGCCAAACAAACACCCUAACGUUGUCUUUGUUUAAAGAUAGGGGGUAAAUAAUAUUGUUCGCCCUUACAAAACCGUCGUAGCUAAAUCAUCUCAUUGUCAUCGUUGAAUGUUCAACGAGCACGUUUACAUUGCCAUUGAAUACUUACCAGUAUAUAUACGCCCUUCAAGAUGCAUUCAAAUGAGACUAAUCACAACCUCAGACAACAAUCUCAGAAAAUACAUAUAAUAAAGAAAUACCAAGCUAUUAUAACCAGUCUCGAAUAUGUCUCGUAACAGCGAUACUGAGAGCCACUCUGGCGACUUAUCCGCCAGUCGCUCUUCGGGCAGCUCUUUUGUCACCAUCCUCUAUACAGAUGCCCCUGAUAUCGAUGCUGGGUUAACAGCACUUGUCAGCUCUCUCGUGGGCCGCGAAGUCAAAUUUUCAGAACAAUCAGAAGAGGCUAAUGAGAUUCGUGGAGUGAUCCUCCAUCAGAUGGUGAAUCUUCUCCGCCUGUUAGACUUGGAAGGUACUUCUCCUCCCAACAACAAUGUCGAUUCGGAGACUGCUGAUAGACGGCUCCAAAGCAUCCCCUUAGGCCGCGUAACCGCAAAAGGUUGGAUCAAGAAACUUGGUCGCGCCUGGACUAGAAACUCGGCAAUUUCUUCGCACCUCGUGAGGUUUGAAGAGCUCUACCCUGACUGGGACUCUGAAGACAACUACAAGCUUGCGCGGGUUUCGGAGAUGGUUUUUCAUGAUCUACAUGCAGUUCUGCAAGAUCUUCAACAGUUGUUUAACGAAUUUCCCGAUACUUCGGAUGAAGAAGACUUUGAAGUGGAGGAUGUCGACCCUCUGGACCCCCUGGACCCCUUUUGGAGUGAUGACGAAUUUGAAUUGAGCGAUGAUGAGAUGCGUGAUCUUGAAAUAUCUCAACUUCAUAUAGAUGACAGUUCCGACCUGGAAGAAGUCGUCUAAUUAAGUUAGUUACCUCCUAAAUAUUUACAGUCAGUAGUCCUUUGAUGUUUACAUUUGCAAGACUUUAGUUUUGUUACUUGAUAGUUAAUCUACAG